AUGGCUCUUUCAGCAAUAUUCAUCCAGGUUGAGCUACCCACUGUUAUUGGACUGGCAACCAGUAAGGCCACAAGGCCUUCUUCCGACCUGCCGGAAUUGGUCGAUCCAACAAAGCGUCUGAACAACCCACCCCCAAUGUCCAUCUACACGAUGAAGCAAACUCGGCUAGAGGGACACAACAUGCCACUCCACGCGGCCACAGAUCCAUUCCCGCUGUUUCCCGAACAGCCAUGGCAUACUCGUGUUCCUUUCAAAAUAGAUGUCAGGAAGCUUCUGGAAGUCCUCGACCGGACAUCUGAGCUCCCGGUUAUCGCCUGGUGUCAUGAUAAUUUCCCGCUUGUGUAUGUGAUAUUUAUUUCAGAUUGCACUGAAAUUGCCAGUAGAGAGACGGCGCUCAGGACGCCUAGUGGGAGACUAUGGAAUUUCAGAACCACUGCGGUCAUGCAGGGUAGAUGCACUGAAGGCCGGGCACUCAAGGCGCUUGAUGGCCGCGAGCACCUCAGCAUGGUCACUUGUCGUGGAGGGACGUUUUAUUCAUCAAAAAAGAAGAAGAGGGGGAGCGUGUUAGCCAAGAGGCCAUACGAAACUCCUGUGAUGAAACAUUUUCUCAAUGAUCGGAUGUUCUUCGUCGAAUCAAUUUCGACGCAGAUUCAGAAGAUUGCAUAG